GCUACUGGCGACCGCUUCAAGGAAGCUACCAAAAUUAAUCUUUCGUUGUCGGCGUUGGGCAAUGUGAUAUCGGCAUUGGUGGAUGGUAAAUCAAAGCACAUCCCGUAUCGUGACUCCAAGUUAACUCGUUUACUCCAGGAUUCAUUAGGUGGAAAUAUGAAGACGAUCAUGCUCGCUUGCAUUUCGCCUUCCGACAACAAUUAUGAUGAGACACUCUCCACACUAAGGUAUGCAAAUCGUGCGAAGAAUAUAAAGAAUAAGCCGAGAAUUAAUGAGGACCCGAAAGAUGCCUUGCUUCGUGAGUAUCAGGAAGAAAUACAGCGGCUCAAAUCUAUGAUACAAGGCGGUAAAGAGUCAUUUUUUUUAUCAUUACUACAUUUGCCUAUAAAUGGUAGGAAAGGUACAUGCAGAAUGGUGGCACUUCUUUUGAUUUGUCCAACUUAUAAAAAGCACCAGCCUGAUGUUGCUGAUCAGCCUCCGUUUGAGAGAAAUUUUUCUGGUCAGGUUAUGGCUUGGUUUGAAGUUAAAUUCAACUCCAUUACUUAG